CUCCGUUUUACUAAAGAGAUUUCAAAUGAUCGUAUCAAAAUUUUAUAGUUUUGAGGCGAAAUAGUGAUUUAAAUAAAUUUUAUUUCAAUGUAAAUUCUAAAAAAAAUUAUAUAAAAGAUCUUAGGAAUCAAAAUAUGCCUUUUACCCUGAAAUGCUUUAAAUUAAAAAGAAAAAGAAAAGUAAAGAGAAAAUUAUCAUAUUACUACGUACAAACUUACAAGGACACUUUGUCAGAAAUGGGAGACGAGUGCUUGAGAAUCCAUGAUACGCCCGAUACUAUUUCCAGCAUAGGCGACGAACAUGAAUAUCUCACAUCACAGAACUUUACAUCUGUUGAAAGUGCACGCCCAGAAGACAAAUCCACUAAUAUUAUUACAAACGAAAACAAUAAUUCGUCAAAUACUGUAAUCAAUAAAAACCUGUUGAACAAAGACGAAAUUCCUUCUGGAACAAAUGGAUCUGAAGAAAGCAGUGGUGAUAUCACGGCACUUGAUGAUUCUUCGGUACUAGAAAGCAUUAAUGAAAGCUCUGGUAAUAAUUCAGUAACUGUAUUGGAAGAAACAGCUCCGCAAUAUUCUGCUUUGAUUGACGAAUCUAUCUCAGAAAGUAGGCUGGCUACAAAACGAUUAGUGGACAUUAUCUUGAAUGACACCAUAAAUGGUCAUAGCAACAGAAAAAGUAUUGAUGUUGUGGAGUGUAGAGAGGGAGGACAUAAUCCACAAGAGAAACAUAUUUUCCGACAAAACACCUGUUCAGAUGAGAACAUUAUGAACGAUAAUUGCAAGGAAAAGGAGAAUGGAGAUGAAAUAUUGAGCCCAAAUUCUGAAUGUCUAUCAAGUACGUCUUCUGGCAUCAGCCUGAGCGAGCUCUUACAAAGUAUUUUCGAGUCUGACAACGAGAUGUCAGCUGUAAUCUUUUCGGAUACACUAGAUAAGAGCUCAAAACAAUGUGAUCAAGAAUUACUUAUAAAGAACCAGAAAGAACUGCCAGAAAAAUGUUCCUCUUUAUUUUCGAGAGAAGAGUUGUCAAAGAAAAGUACCUCUUUGUAUGCAGAUGGAGGAUUGUUGUCGAAGAAAGUUACUCUUUUGGAUACAUCAGGAAGAUGGCAAAAAGAUCAUUCUCAUUUGGAUGCACCUGAAAUGUCAAAAAAUGCAUUUUCUUCUGCUGCACCAACAGCACUGCCAGACGGAUCAUCUUCUCUUGUACCCAGAGGACUAAAGAAUUAUGUUCUUCCUGAUGCACCUACAGAACUGAGGUUACCAAACAAUCUUACUCCUUUUCGGUCAUCUGGAUAUUUGGCAUUGCCAAAGAAUUCUUCUAGUGAUUCUGAGGAAAAUACACAUCACAUAAGAUGCGGUAUCAGUGACGCAGUAGAGAAUGUUCAUCGACUAGAGGAGAGUUCGCCUCACAGUCUAGAAGAAAUUUCUGUUACUGAGACUGUUACUGUAACACAUCAUGAUUUAUCUACGUGCUCUGACACUCGAUGCAGAAUUUCAAACGAAAAUAUCCCAGAUUUUCGAACCAAUCAAAAUCAAAGAAGGAAAGCAGAAAUGUUGGAUACAUUCAAUUCAUUAUCUAUUUUAACAAAACCUGUAGAGAGCUUCACAAGCUCUAGCACAACAAAUGUCAAGGGAAUUGUUCCUGAAAUAGCUAUGUUCGGAUGGGAAAUUACGAAUUGUCCCACACAGACUGAAAUUGACCGUGAGUUUGAACCCAUCCUUUCAUGCAGAGCUCGAACUUCUGUUACUGAAGCAUCUGAAGUUUCAAGUGUUGAAACUUUCAGCAAGCCAGACUUAAGACAGAAAAACAACGCUGCAACCUGGGAAGUAAAUCCGUGUGACCUGGUUAAGGUUCAUAGUCUUAAGUGGAAGAGCCAAGUGGAAAAUGAAAAAAGAUCCAUUCAAACUACCAAGACGAAAUCGAGGGGUGCCUUGACUUCUCUCUCAUCUAGCACAGGUAGUAUAUAUUCUGAUGGAGGAGAUGUGAAUGAGCCUUUGAGGAAGAUCGCAGACGAGAUGACUGCAGAUACAAUUUCAGAAAAGGGCGAAGGCUGCUUGAAGCAGGUAAGGAAUACCUCAAAUUCAAACUUAACGGAAAGUUUGCAAAUGCAGAAGACAAUUGAAGAGAGACAGGAACAUAUACAAAUCAUCCCAAGAACAAGAAUUGGGGAAAAAGAAUCAGGUAAUCAUAUAACAAAGAGCUUAAUAAUUAUUGAAACACCCAAGAAAAGCAUAAAUUCUAUUAACGCAAAACCCGAGGAAGAGAAAACUACUCAGACAAUCAGCUUGAAGUUGCUAAGCUACAACAGAGCAGAGAACAUCAACACUCCUUUCCAAUCAAACCAGAGAACAAACAGAUCACCAUCAUUUGAUUUGCAAAGCUUUGAAGCAACUCACGAAGCAUACAUAAGCAUUUUCAAUCGCUACAAAUCCGAAGCGACAUCAUGCUUCGAUACCAGUACUCGCUUGAUUCCAAUCCAGUCUGCGAAGAGUUUUGAAUUUACCAUGAAUAGUCGUGCGGAUCCUAAUAACAUAAACAGCUUUGAAAUAUUAUCAAAUGGAAAGGAAAUGGAAGAAAUAGACAAAUGUGGAAUACGCCCGUCCGCACCGUAUCCAAAUGUGCUCUCCGAACCCAUUCCCACAGUGGAAAUAACCAUCAAAAGUAAAACAAAAGAAUCCAUAUCUGUUCCUUCUCUGGUAGAAGAGGAUUCCAAUAAAGAUAAAAACAAAAAUGAAUGUUCAAUUAAUCGAAAUCUGCAUUAUAGAAGCAGAAAGAUUGUAGAUCAACCCUGUCAUUCGUUGAAUUUAACACCACGACGAAAGAAGAUAUUAAGCACAAGUAAAGACAUCCGAUCUCCAAAGUACCCAGUAAAAUUCUACACGCGUUCUCCAGAAAUGCGGUUUCACAGAAACACACGACUAUCUUCUAAAUUUCCUGCCGUGUCAAAGCUUUUGACGGAGAAAGAGACUGACCAGUACAGACUUACGAAGGAUCGGGUCCACCUGAAAGCUGGAAGGCACGAUGAUGUUACAAGGAAUGGAAGUGUCAUGUCUCUUUCUGAUCCUCCGCCGUCACACAGAGCAUUCUCGCCGAAGGAGCUAAGGGUAAAGUUCGAUGAGACAUUCAGAAGAUACGCCAGCAAAGGACGAAUGACGGGCGAUCUAAUGUCAUCCAGAAGAAGUACGGAAUGGUUGAAAGAUGCUGGUGUAGUAGGAGAUCUGCUAACGGCUGAAGAAGCUAAAAAUACCUUCCGAUGUGCAGCGGGCGUCAAGAUCGCCUUGAACAAGUGCGAAUACAGACAUUUCGUGUACAAGUUGUCUCGAUUAAAAGCGGUAAGCUACAAUCAAAUUUAUGAAAAGCUCUGUAAUGCUUCUGAAGGUGAUUCGCAGGGGAAAAUGUGACUUUAACAUUUCAAGAAAAGGCAUUUUUAACGAACAUGAAUCACUCAGAGCUUCAUUGAUUUGCAACAGAAUAAAUUUUAUUGUUGUUAAUGAUUAUAGCCGAAAUAAAUUUAAAUGAAC